AUGAUUGGAACUGAAUUUAAGAUUGUUGAUGGUUACGUGGUUACAGGGAAAUUCUUGGGAUCAGUAUUAAAUAUGUUUAUUAGGGUGCUUUUGGUUCUGUUUAUAGAGGAUAUAAAGAGAAUGAUCCAAAACAAAUUUGUGCUGUCAAAGUAUUGCCUAUGAUUGAAGCUACAAAUAAUAAAAAUUUCAUGAAAACAAUCAAAAGAGAAAUAGAAAUAUUAGGAAAAAUAAAGAGCUAAUAUAUUGUUUAGUAAUAAUCAUAUAUAGAUAUUAAGAAUGUAUCAUGCAGCAAGAACGGCACGCAAUUUUUACAUAUUUUUAGAAUAUUGUAAUGGAGGUAAUCUAAGAGAAUUGAUGAAGCAGAAAGGAGGAUAUUUAUCAGAAUAAGAUGCUCUAACAUACUUUAAGUAGAUUGUAGAGGGUUUUAAAGCAAUUUAUUAAGAAAAUGUGAUGCAUAGAGAUAUUAAACCAGCAAAUAUUUUAUUACACAAUGGUAAUAACAUAAUAUUCAUUUAAUAGGUGUUGCUAAGAUAAGUGACUUUGGAUUUGCAAGAAUAGUUGAUGAUAUGGAAGGAUAAGACAGAUUUACACUAUUGGGUACACCUUUGUAUAUGACACCCUAAAUUUUGGAAUAAAGCAAAUUCAAUUCUAAAUGUGAUAUAUGGUCUUUAGGAAUUAUGUUUUAUGAAAUGCUUUAUGGACAUACUCCUUGGACUGCUAAUAGUUAAUUAUCUCUAUUGGAUUAGAUUAAGAAGAAACCUUUAGUGUUUCCUGAAUAACCAAAGAGAUAAUAAAUUAUUAAGGAUUUAAUAUCUUAAAUGUUGCUGAUUGAUGAGGAGAAAAGAAUAAGUUGGUAUGAUAUUUUUGAACAUCAAUUAAUAAAGAGCAAUAGUUAAGAAUUGAAGAAUAAAUUGAAUUUAAUUAUAGAUAGUGUAUAAGACACUCUUGAAUAAUCUGUAUAAGUCAAUAGAUUUUAUAUUGAUAAUAAUCUUGUUUUGGAAUAAGGAAAGCAGUAAUAGGAAUUAUUUGAAGUUAAGGAAAGUGAUGAAGCAAAUACUUCAGCAGAUAAGGAUAUUGGAUAAUAAACUUUUGAAGAUUUAAAAGGGUUGACUUAUAAUGACAUUAUGGAAGUUUAGACUAAGAAAUUAUAGGAAUAAAUUACCAAUAAUAAAAUAGAUGCUUAUUUAACACUUUAAAGAAAUAUUGGAAUAUUUGUGAAUCUAUCAACAAAUUAUAUUUUUGAUUUGUAUAAAGAGUAACUUAUCAGUAUUCCUACGCAUUUAUUUUAUAGAAUUCUUUUUAUUCUUUAGAAAAAGUAGAUGAUUAUUUUUGAAGAUCUUACAAAUAUCAUGGCCAGCAAGGUACUCAAACUAUAAUAAUCUAUAGAUUUAAAUUAAUAAUGGUUUUACCGACUAAGAUUGGAAACUUUAUAAAAAAAAUAAAUAAUAUUUUACAACACUUAAGGCCAUAAAAACAGAUAAAUAUUAUAUUAAACCAUAUUAUGAAGAAAUAGCAAAAAGAACAUAAACAUAUUUAAAUAAUUAAAUAACAUAAAAUAAAUUAAAUGAAUAAGAGUAAUAGGAUUUAAAUGAAUUCAUAUCAAUUAUGGCUAAUGGUUUAAUUUAAGAUUUAGCAUUUAAUUCAGUCUAUGAAAAGACAUUAAAAAUAACAUAAAAAUUAAUGUAUGAAUAAUUAUGCUAAUAAAAAAAACUAACAGAAAAUAAGAAUUUUUUAUUGGCACUUAGAUAUUUAGUCUUAUGUUUAAGUCCUGAAAUGUAUUUUAGAUAAUAAAAAGAAUUUCCAGAUUUUAAUAAAUUUUAUGAGCAUUAUAAUAAUUUAGAAAUGGAACAGCUCAUAGAGGAACUUCAUAAAGAGUUCUCUUCAUUUUGA